AUGGAGUUGACGUGGAAAGAAGAAUCUGAAGGUGUCGACAGCCAGAUGAAUGGUUCCGACCACUUGGUGCCUUCAUCUGUCACAUCUAGGUUUGAUUCAACUGGAACAAAGUUGAUUUGGAAGAAGCCUCAAAGACACCAUUUUUUGGAUGAUAUCGUGUCCUCAUAUGUACCUUGUGAUGACAAUGAAUUCGACCUGUUUAUCGGUUGUGAAGAAGGACUCUUCCACGUGAGUCAACAUGCUGACGAAACUGAAUCUUAUGUCAAAUGGAAAUGCAUUGCUAAACGUGAGGAUUCGUUUUACCAAGAAUUCUUGCGGAACAAGCACAAAGAAGAAUGUCUCGCAGCCCUGGGAGUUGGAAAAGUCACCGAGGAAAUGCCAACAAAUAUCCAGAAAAAGAUUUAUGAAUUGAUGAGGCCAGAAACAUCCGCUGAUGCGAUUCAAGCAACAUCGCCUAUGCUCGAGUCUGGGUCUCAGACUAAAUGGUGUGGCCUUAGAACCCAAACCACGGCUUCACAGACAAUACAACAAACCGCAGACCGGAGUGUUCAAGCCAAGCCAACAACCAUAGAGUCUGGAACUUGUACGUCGCUGACGGACUCCGGGAUACAGAUGACCCCUGAAACUGACCAAGAUACUUCACUUUCUAGCCAAAAUGAUCAGCGAGUCACACUUCAGGUACAUAUACCAGCGUCUCGAUGGAACGGAAAUGGUGGUGAACCGGUCACUAUUACAUUCGAUGGUGUUACCUCAAUUCUUAGCAAGAAACAAUCUAACAGCAUCGAGAGAAUUUUAAGACGGACUUUGAAAAACAUAGUAACCAUCGAAAGUGGCUACGCUAUAGAUGCUAACCUAAUGCUUUGUACCAAGGAGGUUGGAUCGAAUGAGUUUGGAAGCGGCGAUCUGAAGGCGAUGUGGCACGGCGCGGAGCCAAAAGUUGGCAAUGUUGUCUGGAAUCAUUGCGAAUCCUUAAAGAAACCUGUCAUAUCUAGUACUGAGCAAAUGUCAGCGGGAGAAGGAGUUGUCAGAUACCAUGCAGAGUUACCCGUUUAUAAACACAACGAGAAAUAUUUAUCGAGAUCGUCCCCGUUUGGCAGAUUUGGAUACAACAUAAUCGGGAGUAUACCCCCGACACUGAAACAUAUCAGAAUUCCGAUAGUUUGCAAAAAUGACAUUACCUUCCAGAAAGGCAGGAACGGCUCUGAGGUCCUCGGCAGUGGAAGUUUUGGAAGUGUUUACCUCGCCAAACACGAGCAAUACCAGUUCGAUGUUUGUGUGAAGGAAUUCGAAAUGGAUUCCUGCACAAUUUAUGACAUCCACCACGAGGCAAAACUUUUGCUUUAUCUGCAGACGACAAAGUUUGUACCGAUCUGUCUUGGUUUAAUGGAGUCGCCUUUUGUAUCCAGUGACUUCUCUCUUGUCCAAGAGUGCUUUGCGCAUGGCUGUACUCUUCGAAUGUUGCUGAAGAACCCACCCCUGGUAUUUGUCAAGAAGAAGUGGAUAGCAAUUUGUUACCAGCUGUUCUGGGGCCUCAAAGUGAUUCACGAAAAACAGGUGCUUUUGAAUGACAUCAAAAGUGAUAACAUUCUGGUGGAUUAUGACUCAAAUGAUAUUAUGAGCAACAUCAGGUUUAUUGACCUGGGACUCGCCACGUACAGACGAGGUUAUAGAUUCUGUAACGAGCCGGCUUAUCUGGAACAGUUUGAGAACUACGCUCCGGAAAUACGCCAGGGAUAUCACUCCACGCCAGCCUCGGACCUGUACGCUGUCGGAUACAUAGUUGACAAGAUUUCUGAAGCCUUCCAUAUCCUGGAGAUUGAUCCUAUUGCCCAGAGUUGUACAGUCGAGGAUCCUAAUGAACGACUGUCCUGUUAUUCUGUUCUAGAUAAACUCGAGGACAUCAUGGAGAUCAUGUGA